CAUUAGAAAACGAGUGAAAGGCGCAAGAAUGCGAGGACAGGGGUCUUCCUCUCGCUCGCUCGCUCGCUCGUAAUGGGAGGUAAGAGGUAGAGAGGCCGAUCGAGAGGCGAGUGCGCGAGAUCCCUCUUUCGUCUUCCAAAAAAGAAGCUCGACCUUGACCUCUCAGGAUCCCGCAGAUCAUUUUGAUCCUGUUCGGGCAGCCCAUCAAAUUUGGGAGCGGGGAGUGCAAAUAUGCGCUGCUGAUUGAGUGGAGCUUUGGGAUCGAUCUCGGUGCUACCGGCGCUUUUUUUUUUUUUUUUUUUUUUUUUGCAGAGAUAACGACCAGCUGGAACAGGCUUUUUUGGAUUGUGGAACUUGUCUAGGAAUUUCUCAAACAUCUCACUAGAUAUCAAAUGGAAAAGGAAAAGGACGAACUAUGAGGCUAAAGGCAGUUUCUGCAGGCUCAGACAACCAUUAUUUAUAAGACCUCUGCCAUUGAAGAUACAUCUUUAAGACCUCAGACUCUUGUUUUUUUUUUCUCCUUAAUAUUUCUCCAUCAAGCAUGAUUAAGCAGAUACUAAACCGGCUCCCACGGAAACCGUCAAAAGCAUCUGAUAAUUCAGUUGGUGGACCCAUUCCUCCGUCUUCUUCUUCAAGCAGCUCUAGGAGUGGAGAUUUGCAAGGCAGUAGGAUCACUAGCCUUAACAGUCAGACCCCUCCCGGUUCAAAUCCUGGGCUAAAUCAUCUAAACAAAUAUUCUCCAACAAUUAAUUCGAGAUUGAAUGGAAGCUAUGUCCCAGUAUAUGAAGCUUUGCCAAGUUUUAAGGAUGUUCAACAUUCUGAGAGGCAGAAUUUGUUCAUCAGAAAGUUGGACUUGUGUUGUGAUGUAUUUGAUUUCACUGACCCAACAAAGAACUUGAAAGAGAAAGACAUAAAACGACAGACUUUAUUGGAACUUGUCGACUAUGUGACUUCAGCAAGUGGCAAAUUUCCAGAAAAUGUCAUGGAAGAGACAACCAAGAUGGUAUCUCUCAACUUGUUCAGAAACCUAACUAUUCCACCUCGAGAGCACAUGGUUUUGGAAAAAAUUGAUGCGGAAGAGGAAGAACCUGUAAUGGAUCCAGCAUGGAAUCAUUUGCAGAUUGUUUAUGAGUUUUUUCUACGGUUUGUUGCAUCGCCAGAGACUGAUGCUAAGUUGGCAAAAAGGUAUAUAGAUCAUUCCUUUGUUCUUAGGCUCCUUGACCUAUUUGAUUCUGAAGAUCCUAGAGAGAGGGAGUACUUAAAGACAAUACUUCACCGUAUCUAUGGAAAAUUUAUGGUCCAUCGACCCUUCAUCAGAAAAGCUAUAAACAAUAUAUUUUAUCGGUUUAUCUUUGAGACGGAGAAACACAAUGGGAUCGCUGAGCUAUUGGAGAUUUUGGGAAGCAUCAUCAGUGGGUUUGCAUUACCAUUAAAAGAAGAACAUAAAUUAUUCCUUGUAAGGGCCCUGAUCCCACUUCACAAACCAAGGUGCAUCGCAAUGUACCAUCAGCAGUUAUCAUAUUGCGUAACUCAAUUUAUCGAGAAGGAUUGCAAACUUGCUGAUACUGUUAUAAGGGGCUUAUUGAAAUACUGGCCUAUUACAAACAGUACAAAAGAAGUCAUGUUCUUGGGAGAGUUAGAAGAGGUCCUGGAAGCAACACAGCCUGCAGAUUUUCAACGUUGUAUGGUUCCACUGUUUCACAAGAUUUCUCGAUGUUUGAACAGUUCUCAUUUUCAGGUGGCAGAAAGAGCAUUGUUCCUUUGGAAUAAUGAUCACAUCGAGAACUUGAUCAAACAAAAUAGCAAGGUCAUACUGCCCAUCAUCUUUCCUGCAUUGGAGAGAAACUCAAAGAGACACUGGAAUCAAGCUGUUCAAAGUCUCACCCUCAACAUUCGCAAGAUUUUCUCUGAUCAUGAUCCUGAUCUAGUAGCCGAGUGCUUGAAGAAGUUUGAGGAGGAUGAGGCGAAAAACAAGGAAAUUAUUUCAAAACGCGAAGACACAUGGAAGCGCCUUGAAGCUGUUGCUGCUUCAAAUGCUGCAAAGAAGGGUCCUUCGGGAUCUAAAGUACAGGGUUAAACUGUUCAUAAGAGGCAUUGGAGAAAGAGGGGAAAGAAAAAAAAAGAUGCAGCAGUGUCUGAAAUGUAGAAUCUGGGAGUCAAUUGUUACUGGAGGAAGAGCCGGAACGAUUAAAUUUGAGGGUGAUGUUAUGCAAAUUUGCAGGGGACUAUUUUAUCACUUGCUUUCUUCUGCGUCGGUCACUUGUUUAGUGAUUUUAUUUAAGCAGUUUUUAUUUCUUGUGAAUGGAACGAGGGUUACGGUUCUCGAAUGAAUUUGAUACCAUAUUAUUUUCUGUGGUUAUGUAGCAUGCUUAACUCAUGAUUGGAUUUAAGGUUGCUCUACUA